AUGUGCUUGGGAGGCGCCGCGAGCUCCGAUGAGCCCGAUGUCGCAACGGAGCUCACCUUCCGGCGCUACUUGCGCUACCCCGUUCCCUGGCAGGCUGUGGGGAGCUCUCCUGCGUCGGUGGAGCCGAAGGUCAAGGAGGAUGCCGAGAUGGUGGCCGAGCAGGCUGAGGUGACGACAUGUGACGACAUCUUCGGAUGCACCGCGGAGGCUUUCGGUGUGGAGCCGAGCCAGGCUGAGCCGGUCCAGGAGACCGCGCAGGAAACCGCGACGUCGAUCCAGGCUGAUGAGCCGAUGCCCGUUACGGCUGAGCCGGUCCAGGAGACCACGCAGCAAGAGGUUCCGGACACUUCGGAUUCGGUUGCGAUCGAUCGAGAG